AACACACGAACAAGCCUCUUCCUCCAGACGCACACUUUUCUCUGAGACGCUUUGGACUCGUUGGAUCCACUCAGGACUCUGGACUGAGCAUGGAUCAGAGAGAUCACAGAGAGGACGCAGACCCUCCCACCACCAGCAGGGCGGCGCUGGGAAGUGAACGCUCUAUUGGACGACACAUUGACUUUAAAAAGGAGCCUGGUCUACAGAUCCACCAGAAACAUCCUCCAUCUGAACCUGGUCCCAGCUGUGAGUCCCUCAGGAGUGACUGGUCUAUGUCACAUCCCAUUGUUUUUGCCACAGAGCCAGUGGAGCAGACGGGUCCAGAGGUCUCCAGUGGUCAGCACCAUCACACACAGCUGGACUCCGUAUUUAAGCUUCUGGAGGAGGACAUCUUCACUUUUGUCCAGAAGGAGCUGAAGAAGCUCCACAAGGUUCUGAGUACAGAUUACCCAGAAUGCUUAGAGCCUGUGGAGGAUGAGGAUGAAGAGCAGAGGAGCAGCAGUGAGGCUGUUCUGAAGAUCACACUGAACUUCCUGAGGAGGAUGAAGCAGAAGGAGCUGGCUGAGCGUCUGUGGAGCAGGAGUUAUUCUGGAGUUUGUCAGUGUAAACUGAAGUCUAACCUGCAGCAGAAGUUUGAGCGUGUGUUUGAGGGCAUCGCUAAAGCAGGAAACCCCACCCUUCUGAAUGAGAUCUACACAGAGCUCUACAUCACAGAGGGAGGGUCUUCAGAGGUCAACCAGGAACAUGAGGUCAGACACAUGGAAACAGCCUCCAGAAAACCAGGCCCAGCAGAGACACCCAUCACAUGUGAAGACAUGUUUAAAGGCCCAGCUCACACACAUGGACCAAUCAGAACAGUGCUGACAAAGGGAGUGGCUGGCAUCGGGAAAACAGUGCUCACUCAGAAGUUCACUCUGGACUGGGCUGAAGGCAAAGCCAACCAGGACAUACAGCUGCUGUUCCCGUUCACUUUCAGAGCACUCAAUGUGCUGAAGGAGAGAAGCUUCAGCUUGGUGACACUUGUUCAUCACUUCUUUAGUCAAACACAAGCAGAACUCUGCAGCUUUGAAGACCUCCAGGUGCUCUUCAUCUUGGACGGUCUGGACGAGUGCAGACUUCCUCUGGACUUCACCAAAACCAAGGCCCUGACCGACCCCACAGAGUCCGCCUCAGUGCACGUGCUGCUGGUGAACCUCAUCAGGGGGAGCCUGCUUCCCUCCGCUCGCCUCUGGAUAACCACACGACCCGCGGCAGCCAAUCAGAUCCCUGCUGAGUGUGUCUCCAUGGUGACAGAGGUCAGAGGGUUCACCGACCCACAGAAGGAGCAGUUCUUCAGAAAGAGGUUCAGAGACGAGACUGACACAAUCAUCUCCCACAUCAAGACGUCCAGAAGCCUCCACAUCAUGUGCUACAUGCCGAUCUUCUGCUGGAUCACUGCCACAGUCCUGGAGCAUGUGUUGAAAAGCAGAGAGAGAGGAGAGCUGCCCAAGACCCUGACUCAGAUGUACAUCCACUUCCUGGUGGUUCAGGCCAAAGUCAAGAACAUCAAGUAUCACCAGGAGUCAGGGUCUGAAAUUCAUUGGAGUCUGGAGACCAGGAAGAUGGUGGAGUUUCUGGGAAAACUGGCCUUUGAGCAGCUGCAGAAAGGAAACCUGAUCUUCUAUGAGAGUGACCUGAGAGAGUGUGGGCUGGACGCUGCAGCGGCCUCAGUGUACUCCGGAGUGUUCACACAGGUCUUUAGAGAGGAGACAGGCCUGUACCAGGACAAGGUCUACUGCUUCAUCCAUCUGAGUGUUCAGGAGUUUCUGGCUGCUCUUCACGUCCAUCUGACCUUCAUCAACACUGGGAUCAACCUGCUCUCAGAGAAAACACAGAAGUCUAAAAUUUUCAGUGCAAAAAGAAAACUAAAGCAUCUUCAUGAGACAGCUGUGGACCAGGCCUUACAGAGUCCAACUGGACACCUGGACCUGCUCCUCCGCUUCCUCCUGGGAUUUUCACUGUCGACCAACCAGAGCCUUCUACAAGGUCUGCUGACACAGACAGGAAGUAGCUCCCAGACCAAUCAGAAAACAGCUGAGUACAUCAAGAAGAAGCUGAGUGAGGAUGUGUCUGCAGAGAGGAGCAUCAACCUGCUCCACUGUCUGAAUGAACUGAAUGAUCGUUCUCUGGUGGAGCAGAUCCAACAGUACCUGAGUUCAGGACGUCUGUCUGAAGGUGGACUGUCUCCUGCUCAGUGGUCAGCUCUGACCUUCAUCUUACUGUCAUCAGAAGAAGAUCUGGAGCAGUUUGAUCUGAAGAAAUACUCUGCUUCAGAGGAGGCUCUCCUGAGGCUGCUGCCAGUUGUCAAGGCCUCCAACAAAGCUCUACUGAGCAGCUGUAACCUGUCAGAGAGAAGCUGUGAAGCUCUGUCCUCAGUCCUCAGCUCCCAGUCCUCUAGUCUGACAGUCCUGGACCUCAGUCAUAAUGACUUGAAGGACUCAGGGCCGAUGUUGUCUGUUGGACUGAAGAGUCCUCACUGUAAACUGGAACAGCUCAGACUGUCAGGUUGUCUGGUCUCAGAGGAAGGCUGUGCUUCUCUGGCCUCAGCUCUGAGGUCCAACCCCUCCCAUCUGACAGAACUAGACUUGAGCUUCAACCAUCCAGGAGACACAGGAGUAAAGCUCCUGUCUGCUCUACAGGAGGACCCCCACUGCACACUGGACACUCUCAGACUGGAGCCUGCUGGAGCUGAGUGGUUAACACCAGGACUCAGAAAGUAUUUCUGUGAUCUCACUCUGGAUCCAAACACAGCUCACAGAAACCUCAAACUGUCUGACAAGAAGGUGACAUAUGUGACAGAGGAGCAGCCGUAUCCAGAUCAUCAGGACAGAUUUUACAUCUUGCCUCAGAUUCUAUGUUCCACUGGUCUGACUGGUCACUGUUACUGGGAGGUCCAGUGGAGUGGAAGGGUCUGGGUAUCAGUGUCUUACAGAAGAAUCACAAGUACAGGACCAAUUUUUGAGACUAUGUUUGGAAUGAAUGAUUACUCCUGGAGUCUGUUCUGUUCUGAAGCUGGUUUCUCUGUUCAGCAUGAUGACAAAUCCACUCCCCUCCCUCAGCGCUGGUCCUCCUCUUCUGGGAGAGUAGCAGUGUUUGUGGACUGUCCUGCUGGUUCUCUGUCCUUCUACACAGUUUCCUCUGACCAACUGACCCACCUCCACACCUUCAACACCACAUUCACUGAGCCUCUGCUCCCUGGGUUUAUGCUCUCUCCUGACUCCUCAGUGUCUCUGUGUUCUCCUUUGGAUUAAGAGAAUCUUCACUUUUCACGUCUCUAAAUCAAAUCAUCCAUAGAGUCAUUCAUAUAUAUAUAUAUUUUUUUUUUCCACUCUCACUUAGUUGAUACUAGGCCUCAGUUUGAUCUCAGGUGGAUCAUGAGCUACAUUCACUCAUUUGUUCCAUCAGAUUUUAUUUGUAAGAAUCAUUUUAUAACCUCACCUUUUUCCUUUGAGAAAAGCUUCUGCCAACCAGCUGUGCCCCAGAAGACCAGUGGAUACAACUACAGAGGCUAUGACAGGAAAGUUCUAAGUGGAGAGAAAAAAACCUGCACCCGCCAUUCCGUACGAUCAGGAAUUUAGCCAAGUGCACGUCUGAAAAAAGGAAAGCCAUAUAUGGACAUAGCCUGGAGGGACUAUGUUUUGGGACAUAAGAGCAGAAGGACAAAGGGACCAGGGGACUCUCUUUUCUUUUGGGGUCUUUCUCUGGGCUUUUAGUGGGAGGGACAUUUUGGGGUCUUUGUUUGGUCUUUGUCCAGUCGGCUUCAUCCUCUUAGUUUCUUAGGUUAUAUACUUUUCUGUAUUUCCUGGGAAAUUGUUUUAUUGUUUGUCAAACUUGGACCAUCAAUAAAUGCAUUCUCAUUGUGCAUUAGAA